AAUCAAAACACCAAAAGGUAGCAUCACACACUUUUCACAGAAGAAGUGUCGACUCAAUUCAAACAUCCUUCGUUUUUCCUUCUCUAUCUUCGAUAACUCUUUCUAUCUCCAUUUUUUACCCCCCAAAUUCUUUUUCUCUCUCCUUCGCUCCAUCAAUCUCCAUCAUCACUCUUAUCUGCGAGAUUUUGAUGAAUUUUGCUAGGGUUUUCUUUAUUCGGUGAAAAUCAAUCUCAAUUUCUAGGGUUUUUAUUCGGUGAAAAUCAAUCUCAAUUUCUAGGGUUUUCUUCUAACCACGAUUAAACGUAAACCCCUUACUUUUGAUUGAUUUUAAUUCAUUGCUCGACGACGAACGAGUUUUUCAAGAUUCAGAGGCAUCGAAUUCGCUGCAAAAGGUCUGCUUUUGCUAUUAAUUGUUUCCUUUUUUUUGUGUGUGUAUCUUUCGAUUUGUUUUCUUAGAUCUAUGGCUGCAAGUUGGUGGAAAUUUUGAUUUUUAGGGUUUUUGUUAUAGGAAGUUCAAUUUGUUUAUAUUCAGCAAUAACAAAAAUAAACAAAAAAAAGAAUUGUUACUUUUUAUUUUUGUUCUCCUUUGAAUUGGUGAUCUCUGAAGAUAUAGAAUUAGGUUUUUGAGUAUUGGAGUGUAAUUGGAAUUGUUUUUCGACCGAGGAGAUAUCUUUGCUUGAUUUUAUGGCAGCGGGAAAGCGUGGGGGACACCAUGAAACUGAAUUUAAGGACCGUAGCAUGGAUUAUGAUGUUUCAAGACGAGAUUUAGCUUACACGAAGGUCGAAUGUAAUAGGAUUAACAAUGGUAAUCAGAUUAGGGAUCGGGAGCUAUUAAGGGGUAGAGAUAGAGCUAGGGUUAGACAGAGGGAUAUUAAAGAGAGGGAGCUUGCUAAUGGAGGUUAUCGGUCGUCAUCCAGUAGAAGUGAUUCAGGUGGAAGUGGGGGUGAUGUUGGAGGAGCAGGUGGGCCCAGGAGAUGUGGGUAUUCAAACAGGAUUGCAGACCGUGAGCCUGGUGAGUUGUCGAGUGAGGAUGGGUCUGAGGGUGCUAUCGAGUCAGAGGCACGGUUGGUUAAGGAUGGUGAAGUGUCAAAGAUAGAUAACGGGGCUCAAUCCUCCCCUAUUGUUACUAAAAAAAGGAAGUUUUCUCCUAUAGUGUGGGAUAGGGAUGACAAAGCCAUCAAAGAUGCAGCGAGAAGUGUAGGUGUGGAGAUUAACUCUUCCUUUUCUCCGCAACUCCACAAAUCGUACAAGCAGUCACCUAUCACGAUUCCUGUGGAGAACAAGGAGGUAUCUCCUGAUAAAAUUGAUGAGCCUCAAACUGAACUGGAAGCUUCUCCUGCUGAUGUUCCUAUGGAACAUGGUCAUUUAGAUGAUAUCGUAUCUCGGUCUCCUGCGGACCAGCAAUUGUCACCUUCUCAGGAGCGACAGUGGGGGAAUAAGGCGGAGGCUGAACAGGUAGACGAUGACGAUUACAUACCAACUAGGCACAUAUCAGCCUCAAGGUGGGCAGGUGAUGCUAACUCUUCGGCUGAUGAAGGUCAAAUAUAUGAGGAUGAGAACAUGCAGAAACGGAGGCGAAAGAUGCCUUCUUCCGAGUUUUUAGAUAGUAGGAGGAGCAAGAAGUCAUCUAGCCCAGAAGCUGGUGAUGUUGUUAGAGAGGUUUCCGAUAUAGCUAAGGGAAGAUCAACGGAUUCAGAUGGAAGCAUGCGAAGUAGACCUUCCAGUGGAGACCGUAGUUUUCGAGAUGAUCAGAAUAGGGAGGAUUAUAUGGAGGUAGAUAAUAGAUACGAUGACAGUGACUCUAGCCUCAGCCCCAGAAGAUCUGAUUCAGAAGAUGAAGAUGAUUCUCGUUUAACACCUGAACCUCCAGCUGCUCCUAAAAGAACAGUGAAUAUGCUUCAGGGUUGUAGAAGUGUGGAUGAGUUUGAAAGACUGAAUAAGAUAGAUGAAGGAACUUAUGGUGUAGUUUACAGAGCUAAAGAUAAGAAAACUGGAGAAAUUGUAGCACUGAAAAAGGUAAAGAUGGAGAAGGAAAGGGAGGGCUUUCCGUUGACUUCUUUGAGGGAAAUUAACAUUCUUUUGUCACUGCACCACCUGUCAAUUGUCGAUGUCAAGGAAGUAGUUGUUGGAAGCAACCUUGAUAGCAUCUUUAUGGUGAUGGAAUACAUGGAACAUGAUCUCAAAGGGCUCAUGGAGACUAUGAAGCAGCCAUUUAGUCAAAGUGAAGUUAAAUGCCUCAUGCUCCAGUUAUUAGAUGGUAUUAAGUAUCUUCAUGAUAAUUGGGUUCUUCAUCGUGAUUUAAAGACAUCAAAUUUGCUUAUGAACAACCAGGGUGAGUUGAAGAUAUGUGACUUUGGGUUGGCUCGUCAAUAUGGAAGUCCAUUGAAGCCAUAUACUCAUUUGGUUGUCACACUUUGGUACAGAGCGCCGGAGCUUUUGUUGGGGGCAAAAGAGUAUUCAACCGCCAUUGAUAUGUGGUCACUUGGUUGCAUUAUGGCCGAGCUUCUAUCAAAGGAGCCUCUCUUUAAUGGAAAAUCGGAAUUCGAUCAACUUGACAAGAUAUUCAGGAUUCUUGGCACACCAAAUGAGACAAUCUGGCCUGGUUUUUCCAAGUUGCCUGGUGUGAAGGUCAAUUUUGUGAAGCACCAGUAUAACCAGUUGCGCAAAAAGUUUCCAGCAACAUCAUUUACAGGAUCUCCAGUUCUCUCAGAUGCCGGAUUUGACUUGUUGAACAGACUUUUAACUUAUGAUCCUGAAAAGCGUAUCACAGCGGAUGCUGCUCUGAAGCAUGAAUGGUUUCGUGAAGUUCCUCUUCCCAAGUCAAAGGAGUUCAUGCCUACAUUUCCUGCUCAACAUGCGCAAGACAGGCGUAUGCGUAGGGUUCUGAAAAGCCCUGAUCCAUUGGAAGAGCAGCGCAGGAAGGAGUUGCGUCAAGCAGAACUGGGGACUGGUGGCUUGUUUGGAUAACAGCCUAGACCAGUAUACCCCAUUGACUUGAGUGUUAUGCGUGAAUUUUGUCAAUGCCAACAGACGGACAUGCAUGAGGUGAGGGAGAUGGAUUCAAAACAACUUGCAAAAAAAUGGCUUGUGAGAAUGUCAUUCAUGCUGUUUUUUAGCAGGCAUGUCUGGUGAAAGGAGUGGAGGAAUAUAUAUAUUUUUUGCCUAUGCCACUUGAUCUGUAGCAGUCAAAUAUAUUCUCCAGCUUUGGUGAUAGGAUGCAUCAUAACAGUGCUUGCAUCACAAGGUGUGGCAUAAUGGCUUUUCUUUUAGACAGAUGUGAUUCAGCUAAAACAUGUGUAUGUAAAGUAUUCCCAUUUGGAACAUUGUAAACAGCUCCUUUUAGAAUUUGGUUUUGAAUACCAAACACUAUGGAUUUGUCUCCUCUUA